AAAGCUUUCAGUUCUUCGAUACGCACUGGUCAUUCGCACAACUGAAGAGAAAGGGAAAAAAAAAAGAAAAAGAAAAAAAAGAGAGGGAGACCGACUAUGACAAUUAUAGUUAUGAUCGAGCAUAGAGAAAUGUUAUAUAUUUAAAUAUAUGAAUUGUGGGGCCGAGCAUUGAAACUACGUACCAUUUUGUUUUAUUGUUUUGGUUACAAAAUUGAUGUCUUUCAGAUCUAAAAGAUGAGUUUCACCUCAACAUUAUCCUGUAAUAAAUAACAAAUGUUACUAUGGUUACUGAAAACCGAUAUUUUGAACUGAGCAAAGGUGGAGGGUUUCGUGAAGCCAUUCUGAAUCAAAUAUUGUUAUCUACACGAAAUUAUGGCCGAGGAAGUUACUAUAGAAAAAAUGAAUUGGAAAAAAGAAUUAUUGAGGUAUUUGAUGUCUUUGAUCACGCUGGAGAAAAAACUGUGGAUGUGCGGGAAGUUGGUACCCUCAUACGAUCACUGGGAUGCUGCCCAAGUGAACUGGAUCUUCAAGAAAUUAUUGCAGAAGUAGAAGAUAAGGAAGCUUCUGGCAGUGUGACUUUAGAAAAGUUCUUGCAAUGUAUGGUGAGACUUGUUGAAGAAAACAAAUUGCAGCCUGCAGAGCCUGAAGAGUUACUAAAAGCUUUCCAAAUGUUAGACCCUGAAAAAAGAGGAUACAUUACAAAAGAAGAAAUGACUAAAUAUAUGCUGGAAGAGGGAGAACCCUUCACUCAGGAAGAAGUAGAUGAAAUGAUGGGUGUGGCAGUAGACAGUGAAACUGGAAAUAUUCCAUAUGAAUAUUACAUUAAUCAAUUAAUGAUUGAUUAAAGUUUUGGUGAAUACAUAUCAUAUUAAAAUAAAAUUACUUCAAAAAUAAAAGCAAGAGAUAUUUAACAAACAUUGUAAUCUAUAUGAGCAAUACUAAAUAAAUAGUAACAUCAUAUCCCCACUUGACUUUUUGUCUUUCUUUAUACAAUCUCAGUAAUUACAUAUAAGAUCUUAAUCUAUUUAAUGCAAAAUUUUUCACUGAAUGAGUACAAGAAAUUAAUUUCUUAGACAAUGUAGUGAAAUGCUAAGCAUUGUAGUCUGAGAAUAUGUAAUCAGUUUCAGCAAAACCGUGACUUUUGUCAAAAUGAUGUUUUGAAUUUGCAAUAACUUCGAAAGUCUAACACUUCAAGACACUUUGACAGACCAACUAUAACUCCAUUUUAAAGCAUUCUACACCGACGUGCAACAUCAUCAAUUUCUGCAAGUUGUGGACCCAUCUUCGCAAAAUCUUUCAAGUCGAUUCCUGUAAAGUAAAUACACAAUGGAUGACAUAUGCAUACAUGACAGCAAGCAAUGCAAGGUAUCAAGCAGGCAAGGAAAAACAUCUUCACACAUUAGAUAAAUAAAUUUUAUAAAAAAUUAGAUAAAAUGCAAUUUAGGACAAAAAGUCUGAAUGGAAAAGAUUACUAUCAAUAAAAAACAAUUAUUUGAAUAUCAUUACUUUUUUUAUUUUGUUGGGUCUUCAUAGACACGAUGCUUCUUCAAGCAAUUUGGGAGGAGUUGAGUACUUUGCACUUGGAAUAAUUACUUACUGCACUUAUUAUUAGGAGUAAUCCUCCAUUACCAAUAUGUCAUGUCUCGUUGUAAUCAGUUGUCAAGAGG